AUGGAUCUGAGAUGGCUCAUUCUUUCAACAACUCUUGUGGCAUCUAGAUCUAUACAAGCUCAGUUCACAGUACAACCAGUGUCAGUGGUACAAGCCCAGGGGAUAGAUGCAGUGUUUGAGUGUCGGUAUCUUGGAGCACAAAAUCACAAUUGGGAGAUCAAUGGAGAGUUUCCUGCUUACGAUAACUACCCACCAGAUGUGACUGUUACCCCACCGUCUGGUGAUACCCCAGCAACACUGGCCAUCCCAGCUACAGCACAGCACAACAACACUGUGGUGCAGUGUGAGGUAUUCGUUAGAGACGGACGAGGGAUCAUAUCUGAAUUAUCAGAAAAUGCUACCUUGCAAGUACAAGGUCCUCUUUCAGCUGUCUCCAAUCUCCGUGUUCAGUCAUCAAGCACUAACAUCACAAUCGCCUGGGAUGCUCCCUUCUCUCUUAACCUCACCACAGCUGAACCAGACAUACAGUAUUGUGUGGAUGUGUACGAUAGUGCCACUGGUGUUCUACUACACUCUGAGUGUGGUAUUAUUGAGGAACACUACACCUAUUCCCUUAGCAACCCCUGCUCGACAUAUGCGUUGUUAGUGACACCUAAGAGUAAUCUUGACGGAGCUCUCAAUGGAAGCAUUGGUAAGUAG